AUGACGAAUUUAUGUGUUUACGUUGGAUUACUGCUGUCCCUGCUGGUGGCGGCCGGCGAGGCUCAUCUAAAUCUGUUCCUCAACGUGAUCGAAGUCCAGAGAUUGCUAGGACUCUCUGCUGAAAUAUAUUACGUGCGCGAAGGACAGGUGAAUGCGUACGCACUGCACUUCACCGUGCCGGUGCCCGCCGACGUGGAGGAGAUCUCGUUCACCUGGCAAAGUCUUGCCGAUCGUCCGCUGCCCUACCGGAUCAACAUCGAUUCGCCCGAUUCGGUCGCCCUGCCAAAGCCGUCGAUGAACAUAUCCUGGCAGGGGGAAAUACCCGAGCACAUCGAAACGUUCGCUAUCGGGUUGCGCUGCAGUGGCCAAAAGUCGGCCGAGGUCGAUGUAACGAUUACGAUCGAGGUAACGCUCGAUCGUAUGACGGGCAAUACCACCGAGCUGCUGUUCCGUCGGAAAAAGAUCUGUCUAAUGAGUGAACAUCCGGACGCUACCCAACCCGAUCCCUACCUGUUGGAGAAUGCUUCCAACGGUCAAAACGGACUGAUCACGAUCAUCAUCGGUGGCAUACUGGCGAUCCUGUUCGUGUCGAUCUUCAUCAUGAUCGCGUACUGUGUUCGAGGUUCGUUCAACAGAAAACCACACCACGCGCAGCCUAUCCGGACGUCCAGCUUCCAGCGUCUCCAGACACACGCCCCAUCAGCACCGUCGUCGAUCGUAUCACCUCCGUCGAUCGCUCCUACCAUUGCCACACUUUCCCGCAACCGGAUCUACGCCAAUGCCGAACCGGAAGAGCUACAGCGCCGCAUCUCCGAGCUGACCGUGCAGCGAUGCCGCGUACGCCUGUCCAGUCUACUGCAGGAGGGCACAUUCGGGCGUGUGUACCGUGGAAGUUACAACGACAGCCAGGAAGUGCUGGUAAAGACAGUCGGUCCGCAUGCGUCUCAAAUUCAGGUGUCACUCCUGCUGCACGAAGGCAUGAGUCUGUACGGUGCACAACACCCAGGCAUCCUGUCCGUGUUGGGUGUAUCUAUCGACGAUCAUACCGCGCCGUUUCUACUCUAUCUGGCACCGGAAAAUACGCGCAAUUUGAAGAUCUUCCUGCAGGAACCGGUUGCACGCACCCUAACCACCAUUCAGAUCGUUAAGAUACAGCUGCAACUGGCGCAAGCUCUUGGCCACCUGCAUAGUCACGGUGUCAUCCACAAGGACAUUGCAGCCCGAAACUGUGUGAUUGACGAUCAGCUGCGGGUGAAGCUGGCCGACAACUCACUGUCGCGAGAUCUCUUCCCCGGAGACUAUUACUGCCUGGGCGAUAGUGAAAACCGACCGAUCAAGUGGCUAGCGCUUGAAUCCAUCCAGUUUAAGCAGUUCAGUGAGGCUUCCGACACUUGGGCGUUUGGUGUUCUCAUGUGGGAACUGUGCACACUCGCCCGACAACCUUACGCAGAGGUCGAUCCGUUCGAGAUGGAACACUAUUUGCGCGAUGGUUACCGGUUAUCGCAGCCCAUCAACUGUCCAGAUGAGCUGUUCGCAAUAAUGGCCUACUGCUGGACGAUGCUACCGAUGGAGCGACCCUCGUUCGAGCAGCUGCAAAUCUGUCUGCAGGACUUUUACGCCCAGCUGACACGCUACGUCUAG